CCCAGCUCCCUGCUCUCUUAUCCGCUUCUCUCCCUUCCUCUCCUUGGGAACCAGGUGCGCUUCCAGCCCCAAGCCAUGUCCUGCUCUGACCAGUGCUGUCCCUGUGGCCCCUGCCAGCCCUGCGGCCCGUGCCCGCUGGCCAGCAGCUGCAAUGAGUGCUGUUGCAGGCAGUGCCAGGACUCCGUUGUGGUCAUCGAGCCCUCUCCCGUGGUGGUGACCCUGCCCGGACCCAUCCUCAGCUCCUUCCCUCAGAACACCGCCGUGGGAAACUCCACCUCCGCUGCUAUUGGCAACAUCCUCAGCUCUAACGGAGUGUCCAUCAACACUGGCUGCUGUGACCUGUCCUGCAUCACCAGCUGCUGUGGCAACAGAUGUCGGCCCUGCUAAAUCUACUGCAGUUUACAUGGACAAGAACCUGUUAUGACCUCAGAACAAUGUGCUGGACACGAUAUAGAGCUUGGAGGCAUUUUAUUUUGAUCUUUGAAUAACUGUUUUCUUCUUCCGCUCUCUUCUCUCUCUUUCCUUUGCUGUUGCCUUGUCCCAGUGAAAGCCUAGCAGGGCACGUGUUGGCCUCCUUCUCUUUUCAGGGAGGGCAGACAGAUACCCUGCAGGAGCUCCACUUCAUCUCUGUGGCUGCCCCUGCUUCUCCCUGUAAGACAACUCCUUUUCUUCUUUAGACUCAUUAAAGUUUUGCUGCAUCCA